CAUUUAGCCCUGCUGGACAUCAGUACCGUCACUGUAAUACGGUUGGUGGAGUUAUUAAGAAUUAAUUAAUGAAGUUAUUAAGAAUAUAUGAAAGAGUCACGAAUCCGGGUCCAAGCCCAGCUGCGCUCAGAAAGGCCCCACCAGGUCUGAGACCAUCUAAGUUUCCCUCAGAGCCAGGAAACCCUCCUGCCAGGGAAAUUAGCAUCAGAGGACCUGAUUGGACCCAGUAGCAACAUCAUGGAAUUAGAAAAGCUUUCGAAUGGCAUCCAUCACCCUGAGCAUGUGACCAUUGAACCUAGGUGUACAGAUGAAGAUGUGAUUGUUUUGGCAAGGUGUCAUGGUAUCAAAGCCAGUCCAGAAGAACGUGAGGAGUUCCUACCUCAGAAGCCUGAUGAGCAAAACCAGAGUCAGUUUACUAACUUUGUUGGAAAGACCUCUUUGGGAAUGUCCAUCUUCAACCUCAGUAAUACCAUCAUGGGUAGUGGAAUUCUGGGCUUGGCAUACGCCAUGGCCAACACUGGGAUCAUCCUCUUCGUGAUUCUGCUGACCAGUAUCGCCGCCUUGUCUGCAUGCUCAAUUCACCUUCUCCUAAGAAGCGCCAGUAUUGUGGGGAUCCGUGCCUAUGAACAGCUGGGAAAUCGGGCCUUUGGUGCUCGGGGGAAAUUGCUGGUGGCUUGUGUCAUCACCAUACAAAACAUCGGAGCCAUAUCUACCUACCUCUUCAUUGUGAAGUCUGAGCUGCCGCUGGUCAUUCAAGCCUUUGUGGGAACCACAUCCAACUCUGGAGAGUGGUAUCUGAAAGGGGAUUACCUGAUCGUCACUGCCAGCCUGAUAAUUAUCAUGCCUCUUGCUCUCAUGCGGCAGCUUGGAUACCUUGGGUACACUAGUGGACUUUCCUUGACAUGCAUGGUGUUCUUCCUCAUCUCCGUUAUCUACAAAAAGUUUCAUGUUGGAUGUCUUGUAGAAGACCACAACCUGAACCAACCCUUAACAGAUAUGGUCAACAGCACCAGUGAAGACAAUGUGUGCGAGGCCAAACUCAUCACGUUUAACUCAAGGACAUCGUAUGCCAUUCCAAUUGUGGCAUUUGCCUUUGUCUGCCAGCCAGUGGUUCUGCCCAUCUACACGGAACUCCGGAAGCCGACGCAGAAGCGCAUGCAGAGAGUUGCUAACAUCUCCGUCUUAGCAAUGUUUGUCAUGUACCUUCUCACAGCUGUCUUUGGCUACCUCACCUUCUAUGAUAAGGUGGAUUCGGAGCUCCUCCAUACCUACAAGGGAGACAUCGCAGACAACCUGAUUCUCUGUGUGCGUUUGGCGGUGCUCAUGGCUAUCACCCUCACAGUGCCUGUGAUAAUUUUCCCAAUCCGGAAAGUCCUACUUCAAAUCUUCUUUGCUGACAAGCCUUUCAGUUGGGUGCGGCACAUCAGCAUUACAAUUGUCCUCUUGGUCUUUGUCAACAUCCUGGUCAUCUUGGUACCCAACAUCAAAGACAUCUUUGGAAUCAUUGGAGCCACAUCAGCGCCCACCCUGAUCUUCAUACUUCCGGGAAUAUUCUACAUAAGAAUUGUCCCCGAGAAUCUGGAACCAUUGAAUUCCCGACCAAAGAUUCAGGCUGCCUGUUUCGCAGCUGUAGGAUUCUUGGUUAUGGUCAUGAGCAUAUUCUCCAUCAUUAUGGACUGGACGUCUGGCUGACACCAAAGCAUAGGUGGACACUAACACAUCACCAGCAGCCAAAGACAUAAAGGCAGGACAGCACACCCCUACCCUACUGAAACGCCAGUCUCAAUCAUGCAUGUCUUUGGCUGUGAAAAGGGUGACAAGGGUAAUAAGGAUGUUAAAGAAUAGCAGAAGGAUACAUCCUCCACAGUGAAACUGUCCAACCAAAAUGGCCAAAUCAACUGUUCUGGUAUCAGCAUUUUUAUCAGAAGCACAAUUUUAAGGAAAAUGUGGGAAAUUACAUAACCCAGCAUUCAAAACACUUUUUGCUGCCUCUUAAAUCAAAUUGAGGCCACUACAAUCAUCACUUUGCAAGGCUCACGAUGAACCCUGCAUGCUGAGGACGGUGAAGAAGGCAGGGCCAAACCUGGGCCUCCAGUUCCCCAUGUGUGCCAGGCCACAGGGACACGCCUCCAACCCAGAAGCACGCUGUAACUUCUCUGCUUGGGUGGACAAGGGCAAAUAGCAAGGAGUGGCUUGGAAGGGGGCUUGGCUUGGAUGGGGGAGUUUCUGAGUGUGUCAGAGAUUCCAUUGGUCAAACCUAGAACUGGCCGGUAUGGACAAAAAUAUUAUCACAAUAAUUUUUUCUGCAUCGAUCGAUUUUAAUAAUCAUCAUGAUAUCAUUUAAUAUCACUGUUUCAGUUUCUAAAGAGUAUCUGUCCUAUUUGUUGAGUUAUUUUCAACAAAUGUCACAUGAACUAUAUACAUACAAAAUUCCCUUAAAAUUUUUUAAAAGUUAUUGAUUUUCAGGUAUCCAAAGACUGUACAAUAGCUCAGAUAAACAAGGCAAUAUAAAAUGUCCAAAACAGUGUGCAAAACAGUUUAAGAGUGCAAAUAUUUAAAGUGCAAACAUGAAACCAUGCAAACCAAGUCUGCAUUGCUGGCAGCAAGAAAUAUCUACUUUUAUUCUCUCUUAAAUAUCUCGGUUAGAACAGUGUCUAAAAUAAUUCCUGUUACAUAAAUGAAGCGCACAUUUGCUUAUGUACACUGCAGGUGUUUUGCUAAGAAGAUCAGCCUGUUCACUGUCUCAGGCUUGGCUGAUGCUCUUUUGCAGAUGACAAUGCUGCCUCCUGUACUAAAAACCCUAUCUGAGGGUGGACUGGUGGCAUGGAUACAGAGGUAACGCUUUGCCUGGAGGCUCACAGUAGGAAAGGCAGUUGCAUGGACUUUCCACCGUUCCAGAGGACUGGUUUCACUGUCCACACAAGAAGCUUGGAGGUAGUUUCAAGGACUUCAGCUUCAGUUGACUGGGGUUUCUUGACAAAGCUUCCCAGUGUCUUCUGUUUUGGCUGGUCAGGUAUAUUUAACUGCCCCCUGGUGCCCCCAUGGCUGAAAAAACCUCAAUCUGAAAUGAUGUGCCCUAUAGAGCAAGAGAAUCUGAUAAAGUAUCUUAAUGAGUACCCGUCUAGUGGAGAGAAUGUGAUGCAGUGCCCUGUAAGGUGCCCUUACAAUAGUCCAAGCGGAACCUAUGGGAACCCUUCCAAUGGAAAAGAAAUGCCGUUAUCAAGUACCCAUCCAGUAGAGAGAAUGUGAAGUAGUGCCUUAUAAGGUUCCUGUACAAUGGUCUAAGCAGAACCUAUGGGAACCCUUCCAAUGGAUAAUUGUGCCAUUGUGAUAUGCCCUCUAUGCCACCCCUACAUGAUUAAGUGUCCCAAAAGAGACAAAAUAUGGAUAAAAUGUGAUGCAGUGCUGUUUAGGGUAUCUGUCUAUGUGUGGGAAUGUGAGCAGUUGUCCUAAAUUUGAGGUGCCUUUCUGAUGGAAAUGACUCUCGAAGCAGCCUCUAGGGUGCCCUUCCAAGUUAACAAACAUGAUGAAGUGCCCUUGUGAUGGACAAAAAAAUAUAUAUACUGUUUAAUAUACAGUUUAUACUGUAGCUCUGGCGAGAUGGCUCCGCAUAGCAGAGGUCACUUGCAUAUCCUGGCAUGCUCGCAGGCCCUGUUAAUAGCUCCCGUACAGUAUGUAUGCGCUAUUGUGAGUACUUGUGUGUUCCCCGUUAUCGUGUGUGCUCUUGGCUGUGUCAUGCGUACAUGACUCCUGUCCAUUCCUCACGAGCCUCUAGUUAUUGUCUAAUUACCUAGAGUGUAUGAUCCUUACUUUCCGGUAUCAGUCCUCACUGCGUUUCGUGGUGCAAAGUUGACGCAGGUGUGGUUAAUUUGUAUAUGCUAGUCUUACAGGCUGGUAUUAAAGAGCAGGUUGUUUUUAAA